GAGCCAUUAAUCUGUAGCUUCGCCUUCCAACUUCACGAAAAUAUUUAUUCUCAUCAUUAGUUCUUCUCAAAGCUUUAACAACUAUGUCUAACGACAUGAACCAAGGAAGAAACGUAGAAACAGAGACUGAGGAAAGGGAAGAGCUGGUUCCUCAAUCCGAGCCGGAGAAGCAAAAGCCCCUCAGGAACGGCAACGUCAGAAAUCAAGAGCUGGCUCCCGUCAAGAACAAGCCGCAGCAGCAGCAAGUCGCUCAGCCCCAGCCUGACUACCAACUUAGGCCCGAGCAGCACCACAUUUCCCCUCGUGCUGAGGGCUACAGGACCGCCGCUGUACGAGAGUCUCGUAUCAAAGACCGGCCAGACAGUAACUCUGGGGCGUCGGACAGUGCGUUGAAGAUUAAGAUCGAACUUGAUUUGGAAGUUGAGGUUGAUCUUUAUGCCAGGGUUAAGGGUGAUGUUACAAUUGGGUUGAUGUAGAGCGAUGCUUUUUUUGUUGGGUUGGAUCAGGGAGGAGGAGCAGUGGGGUUAGAGAAAGUCAAUAGGUGAUUUGUCUACUUGGGGUUGAAAGCUUGGGUUUUUGCGCAUGAUAAAGUUUCAUGUCAUUUCGUAUGCAUAGGUUUCUUAAAUGAGAGAUUGGGUACCACACAGCACCUCACCUCCCUUACGAAAUAGUAAUCUCACUUACCC